CUUGUUUCAGGGUGCCAGAAAAAAGCAAAGAUAAAAACCCUUCCUUUGUUACACAAUGAACUCCAGCUGCAACAAGAUGAAAACCGUUUCUCUUGUUCACAAAGUAGCAGAACUGGCAAACAGAACACUAGUUUUUGAUUUUGAGGGUACUCUGUUACGAUCCACUUCAUUAUUCCCUUACUUCAUGCUGGUUGCUUUUGAAGCUGGUGGGCUACUAAGAUCUUUCAUCUUGUUUCUUUCAUACCCUUUGGUGUGGUUUGUGGGUGAAGAACAUCUGGGCUUGAAGAUUAUGGUUUUCUUGAGCUUUUUUGGUAUAAAAAAGGAAACAUUCAGAACAGGAUCAGCUGUUCUGCCAAAGUUCUUCUUAGAAGAUGUUGGGUGGGAAGGCUUGGAAGCUGUAAUGUGUUGUGAGAGAAAGGUGGCAUCCAGUAAGUUGCCAAGGAUCAUGGUUGAAGGUUUCUUGAAGGAGUACUUAGGGGUUGAGGCUGUUGUAGCAAGAGAUAUAAAGUCCUUCAAUGGGUACUUUUUGGGAUUGUUUGAGAAAAAUAACAAGGCAAAUAAAACCCCUUCAUAUGAAGUUAAAACGGGCAACGACAACAGUAUUGGUAUUAUUGGUAGCCAUAUUGAGUAUAUUGACCGAGAACUUUUCCCCCAUUUCAAGAAGGUUUGCUUAAUGUUAAGCUCUGAUGAGAGGAGAAAUUGGCGUGUGCUUCCAAGAGAGAGGUACCCGAAGCCAUUGAUCUUCCAUGAUGGUAGAUUGGCUUUCAGACCAACCCCUGCAUCUUCUCUAGCUUUCUUCAUGUGGUUACCCCUUGCACUAUUUCUUUCCAUUUUCAGAAUUACAUUUGGCGUUUCAUUGCCCUUCAAUGUGUCUGGUCCAAUAUUAGCACUCUCAGGGACAAGAACCACUGCUUCAGGACCCCAUGACUCUUUGUCUUUGGUCCAGAAUGGAGAAAAGGAAAAGGGCAUGCUCUAUGUGUGCAAUCACAGAACCUUGCUUGACCCACUUUAUAUUGCAUACGUUUUAGACAAACCUCUAUCUGCUGUCACAUACAGCUUGAGUAGAUUCAACGAGCUAAUAGCCCCUAUCAGAACUGUACGUCUAACCAGAGACAGAGAGAAAGACAGAGAAGCAAUGGAGAAACUAUUGAACCUAGGCAGCCUUGUGGUCUGUCCUGAGGGAACAACUUGCAGGGAACCUUAUUUGUUAAGGUUUAGUCCUUUGUUUGCUGAACUUACUGAUGAUAUUGUUCCUGUUGCUGUGGAUGUUAAUGUUAGCAUGUUCUAUGGAACAACAGCUAGUGGGCAUAAAUGGUUGGACCCCUUUUUUCACUACAUGAACCCAAAUCCUACAUACAUCAUCAAAAUCCUUGAUAGAUUACCUCAAUCACGAACAUGUCAUGAAGGUGGAAACUCUAGGAUUGAAGUUGCCAAUUUUGUGCAACAUGAGAUUGGGAAUGUUUUGGGAUUUGCAUGCACCAGCUUGACUAGAAAAGACAAAUAUAUGGUCUUGGCAGGUAACGAGGGUGUCUAUCAGAAAUCUUACCAUAACUGCCAGUAGCUACAAGCUUUUGUGUGCCACCCCUUAAAAGCCACCUGUUACUCUAGUUUCAAAUAAAUAUUACUCGGUCAGUGAUGGUGUAAUGAGGAAUUUUACAUGUUUUGCUGUUGUAGUACCAAAAUGUUACAUUGCAGUUCUUGUGUUACGAAUUCUGAAUUAUCCUUUUAAUGCGUUUAUAACUAAAAGAUGAGUAAAUAAAUUCUUACUAG